CCAUUCUUGACUUUUUGUCAAUAUUCUUUUCUCUCUUAGUUGUAAAGAUAUGUGGCCAUGAAGAGGAAUUAAGUGAAACAUAAUUGGCUAGCGAUGUUAGAGUCGUGAAAACGUUUGUUGACAUACUCAAUUGGAACUUGAUCAAAUAAGAGUUAUUCAUUCCCUCUGUCAUCACUUCAGAACUCACAACGUCUAAAUUCUGAAUACAGACGAUCGAUCUAUUCCAAUGUGUGAGAGACCUAGUGGUAGCGGUGUACAAAAUCUGUUAUCUCUCCCCACGACGCUGAGUCAUCGGAGGAAUAGGACCAUGCCACGACGAACAUUAUUAAUUCAACGUCAUAGGGCAAAAAAGAGUAUAGAAAGAUGGAAAUCUGAGCCUUGUCUUUGGAGAAAUAUUUAUAGAGUUGGAGGUGAAAAUGAAGAUGAUCGUCGUCGUCAAAGAUCGACGACGUCGUUGGAGGUCCUUUUCCGGCCACAAACUUGUUCGGAUUUAUUUUUCUCAUCGGAUUAUCUUAAUGUUCCUUCUCCAAAGAGUACUCAGGUGUACAAGAAGGAUGCAAAAGUUGUGGUUAAUGUGACAGUUGAGGGAACUCCUGGACCAAUUCAAACCAUGGUCAAGUUGGGAUCAAAUGUUGAAGAGACCAUAAGACUUGUACUAAAUAAAUAUAAAGAAGAAGGUCGAAGUCCUCAUCUUGAUGAUUCUUCAUCAUUCAAGUUGUACACUUCUCUCUUUAGUCUUGAGAGUUUGAAUAAUUCAGAUGUGAUUGUCCUGCCAGUAUCCAGAUCAACAAACACCUUUCCUCCCGGAACUAUUCACUCCGGCUCCGGUCCAGAGUUUUACCGCCGGCAAACAAACCGGAAGUUUAACAGGUGGCGCAAUACGCACCGGCGUACCGAUCAACGAUUAAGGAUCUCUAAUCUUAUCCUGCGCCAGUAG